AUGUCUCCUGAUGAGUCCUGGUCGCCAGCUGAAGAUGACAGCCAAGCAUCAAAACUAGCAAGGAAAUCCAGAGAUGCCCCCUUUGUUCCCAUAGGUGAGUUGAACCCUUCAGCACUUUCGUGGUACAGUGGGUAGAGUGUUUGGACUUGCUGCGGAGAGACCUGUCAGAGUUUGAAUCCCCACUCAGCAGUCUGUCUCCCUGGAUGAUCAGUCACACACAAACUCAGCCUAAUUUACCUUGCAGCCUUGUUGUGAGGGUAAAGGUAAAGGGACCCCUGACCAUUAGGUCCAGUCAUGGCCGACUCUGGGGUUGUGGCGCUUAUCUCGCUUUAUUGGCCGAGGGAGCCGGCGUACAGCUUCCAGGUCAUGUGGCCAGCAUGACUAAGCCGCUUCUGGCGAACCAGAGCAGCGCACGGAAAUGCUGUUUACCUUCGCACCGGAGAGGUACCUAUUUAUCUACUUGCACUUUGACGUGCUUUCGAACUGCUAGGUUGGCAGGAGCAGGGACCAAGCAACGGGAGCUCACCCCGUCAUGGGGAUUCGAACCACCGACCUUCUGAUCGGCAAGUCCCAGGCUCUGUGGUUUAACCCACAGUGCCAUCCGCGUCCCGUUGUAAGGGUAUAUACACCCUAAUGUAUGCCAUCUGCAGCUCUUUAGAAUAAGGGUGGGAUAUAACCGCUCCGGCAGGAAGAUAAACGGCGUUUCCGUGUGCUGCUCUGGUUUGCCAGAAGCGGCUUAGUCAUGCUGGCCACAUGACCCGGAAACUGUCUGUGGACAAACACCGGCUCCCUCGGCCAGUAAAGUGAGAUGAGCGCCGCAACCCCAAAGUCGUCCACGACUGGACUUAACGGUCAAGGGUCCCUUUACCUUUACCUUUUAUAACUCUGAGAACUCAAUAAAUUGGUGGUGGUGGUCAGUCUCUGGGUUAUGGCUUCAGAUGCUAUUGUGCCAAUAAUAACGAUAUAGCUAAGAGGGAUAUGGAGAUAGUCACUCCAGUCAGUGACUAAAUUCCAUCUGCUAUAUCUGUUUCCUAUAUCUGUUGAGUUGCUAACUCUUGCUCUGUUUUGCUGCAGUUUUUUAUUAUAUUGCUGCUUUUUGCAGUUUGAUGUAAAUGUGGGAUACCCCCCUCUGUGUUUGCUUAAUGGUUUUCUUCUAGUUUUGCUGUAUGUUAUGUACAGAUUAGUCUGCGUUGCUGGAGCAGAAGAAGAGUUCAUUUUCAAGAACAGAGUGGUGCAGGUAGAAUGCCAUAGGAAUGUCCAGGCUUGUGUGUGAGGCAGUGUGUGUUCAGAGUCAUAUUUAUAUAGCUCUCUGCUGCCUUGGUGACCAUCCAUAAGGUGGCACACCUCAGAUUGGAAACUGGAGAACUGAGUGGUCUUCAAGAAUAUAGAAGUUGGUAUAAGAAACAGGCAGGAAACACAUUGUGGCUCCAUAUUCCAUUCCAUAGACUUAAUACCAUCCUUUUUAAAAAGUCUGUAUUUUAAACAGACAAGUGAAUGACAUUUCUUUUUUUGCUAGUAGGAUUUCCUUUAAAAAAUAUGCCCACAUUGAGAGAGGGAAGCAUAAGCCUUGCAAACUGUCACAGUUUCACCCAUCAACCUUCAUUAGUCUUCCUUCCCAUUUAUCAGCUCCAGCUGAACUGCAUCAGACCAGGUGCCUUUCCAGAAUUUAAAGUGAUUUGUACAUGCAAUGCCCACGAACACAGGCUAAUUUGUAUGCACUGUUGCCAAUUAAGCUGGCUGCAAGGACAGUGCUUGCCUCCCGCAGACCAGGUUUGCAGUUAAAAGAUAAAAAAGAAAUGUCAUUAUAUUGAAUUUACGCAUCAAACACUAAGAAACAAAAAGAAAAAUUACAUCACCUGACAAAUCUCCCAAAACCAAACUGUUCAGGAGAUAAAGCUUAACACAUCUGGAUGUCACUUCAGAGCAAUAUUUUUUAUUAUUAUUUUGGAUUCAGGGAGAGUUGUUAUGGUUACAGUGAAUGGACCUGGGAAUCGAAAUCCUAGCCUUCACCCCAGAAAAUGAAACAUCCUGUUGGAACAAAAUGAGCUCUCACUUACCAAUCAUUGCUUUAAACAACAUUUUGAUUCAGAAGGGGGUCUGUUUUUAAAAUGUGUACACAACAUGGUUUGUUUACCACAUCUGCACCCAAUUCUUGGUCCAAGGAGCUGAGGGUGGCAUACAUGGGCUUCAUAUUCACAACCUUUCAAGCUGGGUAGGAUGAGAACUAGUGACUAACUCACUUAGCUUACAGGGACAUGAACCCAGCAGUGGGUUGAGCACUCUACCAGUUCAUCAGGGAGAAACCCAGGAAAGCAAACGGGCCUUGCAAAAUGACUAUGCGUGUGUGAUUUCAACUGACAAAGUAGGAAGGGUAUACCUCCUCUUUUGGCUCCUUGAGUCGGUCCAUUGCAUCAUCAUCAUUUUUUUAAAAAAAGUAUUAAAACCCAAUAGGGUGACAACCACUGCUUUAGAUGCCUUUAAGGGAGAGAUUCCUGCAUGAAUAGGAAUUGUUGAGACAAUGGGCGGGGCUGUUGGCUUCAUGUCCUGCUUGUAUCCUCCCCAAAGGCAUCUGGCUGGUCUCUGUUAGGAAGAGAAUGUUGAAUUACAUGGAGCCUUAACCUGAUCCAGCAAGGCAAUGUUGGUGCUCAGUGCUGAACUACACCCCUCUCUUUAAUAUCCAGGUCUGGCAGGCUGCUUUGCUGUAGUAGGCUAUGGGCUUUACAAGCUGAAACACAGAGGAAGCCAAAAAAUGUCAGUCCACCUCAUCCACAUGAGAGUUGCAGCCCAAAGCUUUGUUGUAGGUGCAAUAACAGUAGGUAAGAGAACAUGUUGUUGUGAUCAGUGCCGUUUUGUUAAGUAAUCUCUACGCUGUCCAGUUUAGCUUCUGAGGCCAUCUCUCUCUCCUCCCCCCCCCAAAAACCCCACACCAAGCCAAGAGUCAGAGGUUCCCCACCACACCCACCUGUCAAUCAGCUGGUAGGUGAGGUUCAAUCCUGCUGGGUGCUGCUUUUCUAGUGUGUUUCCUGCAGGGAAUGUGCUAGGAAAGCAGAACUCUUCCCCCUCGCCGCAGUUGGGCACAGCCACCCAUCUGUUAAUCACCUGAUUGCCAUCAUGGUGUCAGAUGAUUGACAGAUGGGUCGGCCCACUCGCCUGUCAACAUUGGCUGAUGGGGUGAGUAAAGAUCUGGCUCAUGGGGCCGGAAACGUUCCCCAGCAGGCUGUAGUGAGUAAACAGGCAGCCCUGUAGUUUUUGAUUCAAAGCCCUAAGCUUUUGUUCUUGAGUCAUCACCAGGCAACAGAUCCAUUUACCUGUGCUAAGACAGCAAACGUGACCUUAUUUCUGUUCAAUACAGCAGUUGCUGGGUGAUAUUAAAGCAGCCAUUGCUAACUAAUAUAUCUGCUUUCUUUUGUUAGGAGUUUUAUAUUCCAUGUAUACAGAUUACAUGAAACGUUCGGGCACCAGUGGACCGAACAAAUGA